AUGAGCAAUGAGGAGGAGAACCUUGGCGGUCUGGAAUCCGAUCAGUUCUUCCGGGGUAACUACCGACGAAAGGGCCACGGUCCGCAGCGCCAUCAGCCCAUGGAUAUGGCCUCCGACGAUGUAAUUACCGACAUCGCCAAGACAAUAGGAGACUGCUUCCAGCCCAAAGGACCGCUUUCAAUCAUACCAGAGGCAGCCAUACAACAAAAGAUUAAAUCCUUGACGUACUGGGGUCAACGCUUUGGUCUUACAGAUGGCGAGAAGAUCGAACUACACGAAGAACAAUGGAGGCUCAGCAUGCGACAAUCGUAUGGGCGGGCCGCUCAACGCCUGAACCUGGUACCACUUCUUGUGGCCAUCACGUCACUCGAUUACCUCUCUCUCUGUCACGUUGACAACACUUUCGGCCUACGGGGCUACUACAACUUCGAGCAACGGAGUAGAAGUCAUAUCCGGAUCGAAAGAGCCCAAGACAACCUCAACCUGGCUUUCGACCACAUCGUGAAGAUCUACUCGGAUGAGGAGAGGAUGCGGAAGAAGGCGGCGAUGAGAGUCAGGUCCCGCGAGGGAUCACAACAGCAUUUGAAUGCGGACAAGCUUCAGGAACUCCUGGCUAACCCGCCUCCUCUCACCUUCCCAAAUGUUCUGAAAGGAGUCGGUUUCGCCCUUGUGGCGUACGUCAUCUUGGUUAGAAUCAUCUACAACUUGUACUUCCACCCCCUUCGCAACUACCCGGGCCCGAAGCUAUGGGCGAUUUCUCGAGUUCCCUGGCACUACACCAACCUCAAAGGGAGAAUCACAUGGCGAAUUCGCGAGCUUCAUGACCAAUACGGUCCGGUCGUACGCAUCGCGCCCGAUGAAUUGUCAUACACGACAUCAACCGCCUGGAAGAAGAUCUAUGGUCAACGCAAACCUGAAUUUCCCAAGGCCCUCGAUGGUCGCGGUAUUGCUCCGCCUAGCAUUGGUGGACGCAAGAGCUUGAUGACCGAGACCCAGGAGCAGCAUUUGCGACUUCGCCGCGCCAUUAACCCUGCAUUCUCAGAGAAGGCUUUGAGAGAACAGGAGCACUACCUUCAGAGCCACUCCACCAACUUGAUCAAGAUUCUGAAAGAGAAGUCCAGCCAAGGUCCUGUUGACAUGACGACGUGGUACAACCUGGUUGCAUUUGACAUUGUUUCUGAUUUGGCAUUUGGAGAACCCGCCGGCUUCCUUGACAACGCAGACCAGCCCUGGAUCCAAGUUAUUCUGCAGAGAGCGAAGGCGAUCGUAUGGUUUCAGCUGGCCGUCUGGUAUGGCUUCUUCCCGCUGCUGAACCUGCUCACCCCACGAUACGUGACCGAGUCGCGCAAAAACCACAUCGCCCUCACCGAGGCCAAGCUCGAAAGGCGCAUGAAGGCCGAGAACCCAGGCAAAGACUUCAUGUCCUUCAUUCUAGAGAAUGACAACGAAGCGGUCGAGAAGCUAUCCAAGGUCGAACUGGUCAUGUUGGCAAGCAACUUCAUCGUCGCGGGAAGUGGUACAUCGGCAGGAGGAAUGUCUGGUUUGACGUACUUGCUCCUUCGCAGCCCCGAAAAGCUGGAAAAGUUGAAGAAGGAGAUCAGGGAGAAGUUCGCCUCCAGCGAUGACAUCUCGAUGCAGGGAACAGCUCAGUGCAAAUACCUCAACGCCUGCCUGGACGAGGGUAUGCGAAUGUACCCGCCCACCCCUGGCUCGCUUCCCCGGUUCGUGCCCGGCAAAGGCGAGAUUAUCGAUGGCAAAUGGGUUAAGGGCGGUAUGGGUGUGGCUGUCAACCAGCUAUCAGCUGGAACCUCGGAGCUCAACUUCCACAAGGCUCGCGAGUUCCAUCCCGAGCGAUACUUGGACCCUCCCCCUCCUGAGUUCGCCAACGACGACAAAGCAGCUGCUCAGCCGUUUUCCAUGGGACAAAGAGUCUGCAUCGGAAGAGCAAUGGCCUACGCUGAGAUGCGCUUGACGAUGGCGAAGAUGAUGUGGCACUUUGACCUCGAACUUGCUGAACCAGAGUUGGAUUGGUGGAACAAGCAAGGAACUUACUUGGUGUGGGAAAAGGUCCCGCUGAUGAUUCAAUUGCGUCCAAGAUUCAAGUAA